CAAAAAAAUAUCACCGUCAACAUUCUCUUAUUGCGGACAAACAUUACAACAAGACGACAAAUUUCUCCCGAUUAUCUUCCUCCCAAGAGGGAAAUUUAUUACAAAAAUGAUUAUUCAAGAUUCGUUUCUCUCGUCUCCAUGAAUUGCUAGGACAAUAAUGGAGGCGCGUCCGGUUCAGAGAUCAGGUUCGAGAGAGCUUAUUAACCUCACUCACACUACUUCAAUACCUUCAGCACCAAAUCCUUCAUCUUCAGGAGCAGAAGAUUCUCAGUUAAUGUCUAAGCCAUUAGGACAACAAACCUACCAUUUACUUUCCUCCACUAACAAUGGAGCGGUUGGACAUAUAUGCUCUUCGUCAUCCUCUGGCUUCUCAACCAAUCUCCAUUACUCAUCUAUGGCCUCUCACGAGAAGCAACACUACGCUGGAAGCAGCGCUAACGAUAGUACUUCUUGGUGCCAUCAUGGAGAGUUGUUUCUUGAUUUUCCUGAGGCCAGCCAUGUUAAGGAGGAUGGUGUCAUUGGUUCUGCGUUUGAUGAUGACAUUCAGAAACGUAAUGAUUGGCAUGAAUGGGCUGAUCACUUGAUCACUGAUGAAGAUCCUUUACUAUCUACUAACUGGAAUGAUAUUCUGCUUGACACCACUUCCAAUUUAGAUUCAAAGGUUGUUCAAGUUCCACCGCAAGCCCAACAGAUUGUUCAGCAGCAACCUUCUCCCUCGGUGGAGCUGCGACCUGUCGGCACGAUAUCUUCAAAUAGUAAUAAUGGAACGGGAAAGGCACGUAUGCGUUGGACACCAGAGCUUCAUGAGGCUUUUGUUGAGGCUGUUAAUAGUCUUGGUGGCAGUGAAAGAGCUACUCCUAAAGGUGUGCUGAAGUUUAUGAAAGUUGAAGGCUUAACUAUAUAUCAUGUCAAAAGCCAUUUGCAGAAGUAUAGGACUGCUAGAUAUAGGCCAGAACCAUCAGAAUGUGGUUCUUCAGAGAAGAAGUUGACACCGCUUGAACAUAUAACAUCUCUUGACUUGAAAGGUGGGAUAGGUAUUACAGAGGCUCUGAGACUUCAGAUGGAAGUGCAGAAGCAACUCCAUGAGCAGCUAGAGAUUCAAAGAAACUUGCAACUCAGGAUAGAAGAACAAGGCAAGUACCUGCAGAAGAUGUUUGAGAAACAAAACUCGGGUCUCAGCAAAGGGACAGCAUCAACAUCAGAUACUCCAGCCAAAUCCGAAGAGGAAGACAAGAAAACAGAUGAUUCAAAGGAGCUCGCAUCAGAGGAGACAAGGAAUAGCCAAGAAGAGCCAGAAUCUUCUCAGGCAAAGCGCACCAAAACCGAUAAUUGAAAGUAUCUUUUUGCUAAGACUUUGUGUUUUGUUGAAUCAUUUUGGAGUUCCAGAGAGAUAUAAACUCAACUGUUUGACUAUUUUUUUCUGAUGGAAACACUCUCAACUCUGCUUUGUAGAAAGACAAUGGAUUCACAAAAAAAAAAAGAAACCAGAAAACAAAUAAAGUUAGUUCGGCAUACUUCG